GAUGAUUGUGUUAGGCCACGUAUUAGUUUACACCAUACUCCUCUGCCUGGUUGGCUACCAAGUAUUUUUGGCCGAUGCACCUCCAACGCGGCGGCUAAUUUUUGUGUUCCACAUAACGGGUAGCUUGUUGAUGUUGCUACUGUUCACGUUCAGCUGCAGCGGUUUAAUAGAGGAGAGCAUGAAUGUUGGAACCGCGAUAUACUCUGGGCCUUGGAUAGAUCUGCCGAUGAAUAGGAUCGGUACGAGUCUACGGAAGGACUUGAUAAUGGUUAUAGUAAGAUCCGGGAAGCCGUGCUGUUUAACCGCUGCCGGAUUCUUUCCCGUCUCUGUCGAAACCUUCACUACGGUAAUCAGUACCGCGACAUCGUACUUCACAAUACUAAGGCAGUCCCUUAACGACUGAAAUCAUAUUAGGCAGAAUUGAUAAAU